AUGCUUACCCUAACGAGAGCCACCCAAUUGGGGCUUUCACGGAAUGUUCCAAGUUUAGCACGUCGGUGGGCUUCAAAGUUCCCUCCGGAGAUCGUGAUAGACGGGAAAUCCUUCAAGACCGAUGAGUGGACGAACGUGCCUCCCCAGAUCUUAGCGCUCACCGAGAGACAAUUGCAUCAAAACCCAAACCAUCCUAUUGGUAUUCUUCGUGAAUUGAUCGAAAAGAACUUCAAAGGAUUGGGAUACACUUUCUAUAAUGACUUCCGUCCUGUGGUGACGACGUUCGAGAACUUUGAUGUUCUUGACUUUCCUAAAGACCAUCCAGGUAGAGCCAAGCUGGACACAUACUACUUGAACGAAGAACACCUUUUACGAACCCACACCUCUGCUCACGAACAUGAGUGCUUCCAGAAAUGUACCACUCCUGGCUACUUCAUCACCGCUGAUGUAUAUAGAAGAGACGAGAUCGACAGGACACAUUACCCUGCUUUCCACCAGAUGGAAGGUGCCAGAUUGUGGUCUCAGAAGACCCCUGAUUUGGAAAAGGUCUUACAGGCAGAUAUAGAUGCUAUUCCUCAAACAGAUAUCAUUGUGGAAGAUCCAUUCAGAGACCAGCCACUGAAUGAGGGAAACCCCAAGCAGAAGCAUAUGAGUGAUCCCGAAGUUCGCCUUGUCGCCACACAUUUGAAGAAGACCGUUGAAUAUAUGGUCAACUUGGUGUUUGAAAGUGCUCGUGCUGCUGCCUUGAAGGCAGGUGCUGAAGAUGAGUUCUUAAAGGAACCUUUGAGAGUGCGCUGGGUGGAGGCUUACUUCCCCUGGACAUCUCCUUCUUGGGAGAUUGAAGUAUGGUGGAAAGGUGAAUGGUUAGAGUGUUGUGGUUGUGGUGUUGUGCAGCAGCAAGUUUUGCUCAAUUCUGGCCUUACAGAGGACAAGAUUGGUUGGGCUUUUGGUAUUGGUCUUGACAGAAUUGCCAUGCUUCUCUUUGGUAUUCCUGACAUUAGACUUUUCUGGUCGCUCGACGAGAGAUUUGGAAAGCAAUUCACCCAAGGCGAGAUCAGCUUGUUCCAGCCAUACUCCAAGUACCCAGGUAUCAAGAGAGACGUCAGUUUCUGGAUGCCUCCCAAUAGCAAUUUGCACGUUAAUGACGUGAUGGAGUUGUUCCGUCUGCAUGCUGGUGACUUGGUCGAAAACGUCGAAAUGGUGGACGACUUCACCCAUCCCAAGACCGGCAAGAGGUCCCAGACCUACAGAAUCCACUUCCAGUCCUUUGACAGGAACUUGACCAGAGAGGAAGUGAACUCCAUGCACGAAGCUGUGUUAGCAGAGCUUCAAGACACCUUCAAGGUUGAAAUCCGUAAACAGCUGUAA